AUGAAGGGGUUUACGAAGUUCAUUCAACGGACGCCUCACGUUGUGACAUCCAAGGUGGGACUUUCUGCCAAGUCUACGGAUGUUGAAUUUGAUCAUCUGCGCCACAAGUUCACAGCGGUGGAAAAGCUAAUUCGUCAGUUGACGAGAGAGUCUCGUACCUAUCUGGACGCGAUCAAGAAGAUGCUUGAGUCAUGCAGUAUGUUCACCAGUGAGUUCAGUACUCUUUACCACCCCCUGGGCUUGGAGUACGACCUCGAGCGCAGGCACCCGGAGGUCGUGCAGACUCUGGUGAACCUCAGCGGCUACAUGACCUACAUUGACGAUCUGCGUGAAUCGCUUCGUCCCGAGCUCGAGCUUAUUGCCACCCGCGUGAUUGCGCCUGCCGAAGAACUUGAAAGCCUGCUCAAAAAUAUUGAGAAGGCUAUCACGAAGCGCGAUCACAAACUGAUUGACUUCGAUCGCCACUCGAACUCUUACACGAAGCUGAAGGAGAAGCAGAGCCGGUCGGCCAAAGAAGACCAAAACAUGUUCAAGCUUGAGCACGAGUCAGAGGCCUCGGCGGCCGACUAUGAACAUCACAAUAACCUCUUGAAGGCGGAGCUGCCCAAGUUCAUGGACAUGGUAACGCGCCUCAUCACGCCGCUGCUCUACUCCUUCUACUAUAUGCAGCUGAACGUUUUCUAUCUCUCUAUGGAAAAGCUCAAGCAGUUUGCCUCUGGCAAGUUUGAUAUGUCUGAGAACAACCUCAUCUCGCACGAGCACAAGUAUGCAAUCGAUAUGAGCCAAAUCAUCGCUGAGCUGGAGUCGUUCUCGAUCCAGAAACCGGUGCCACCCAGCGCACGGAUUUUGCAGAUGGCCAAAAGCGGAACGUCCCUCAGCACACGCACCAAGAGUCAGAUGAUCACGAACCCGAAAUCUGCAGCAGCUCUCCCCGCCUCCAGCUUUCCUGCGACAGCCCCUGCGUCGGAACAACCCCCCGCCUAUACACCGAGUACUGCGGCCGCGACGGCACCCCCCAAGCCCAGCCCCUUGGCGGCCGACUAUGUCAUUGCCCUGUACGAUUAUGCUGCUACCGCUGAUGGCGACCUGUCGUUCCACGCUGGUGACAAAAUUGAAGUGCUGAAGCGAACUCCCAGCGCGGAGGACUGGUGGACAGGCCGCUUGAAUGGCGUUGAAGGCGUGUUCCCUGGAAACUAUGUGCGUGAAGCGUAG